UGGCUUUCCCUAAUUUGGAUUUUGGCUCAUCAAAUUCCACACGACUUUGAAAACUUUCAAUUGCCAUGCUUAACGUAAUUUCGAAAGAGCGUUCCGAUGUCGCGCUAAGUCACCAACCUUGGUCGGAACGACAAAGAUGGCUUCGCUAUCGCUAUCACCUCUCAUUUUCGACAGUUUCCAUUGUAUGCCAAAGCAUCACUACAUACGCAACUGUCCAGUGCGAAUUUCUUUCAGAAAUAGCAUGAUUCCCCUUUCCCGUUUAACAAUACAAUUUCAUUUCUAAAUUGGCUUAAGAGAUGUUCUAGAGUGAUAACCUGAGUGAUAUUUGAGUUUUUUUCGAGUCCGAAUAUGCAAUGUUACAUGCAAUGCUGAAAAAAUUGAUAUUGGAACGGUAAAAAAACUUAAUUUUUGGAAAGUUCCGAAUCAUACUUCGCACCACUGUAAAGAAUGAUGGAUCCGGCGGGUGAGGCUGAAACCAUCACGUGGAAUUGUUGGCUUCGGACGAUCAUUGCCGGAAGUACGACGCUGUUACUAUAUUCCUUUGUGGGAAUGAACGAAGGAACAGCGAAUCUCCUUCUGUCGCAGAUGAAGGGUGCCACCUCUCUGAUCCAUCUAUCUCAAGACCAAGAAACGUGGGUAGCAAGUCUGGGUAUUUUAUCGGCCCCGAUUGCGGCAAUCCUAAUCGGUCCAUUCAUCGAUGCGUUUGGACGUAAGCGAGGAGUUCUCCUCUUCUACCUCAACAUGGGUCUUGGAUGGGCGGUUAUCGCUAGCGCCAGAGAGGUCACCCAAAUCUACAUAGGUCGAAUAAUUUGUGCUUUCGGCGAAGGUUUCCAGGCAUGCGCAGUAGUCUACCUCACGGAAAUCUGCACGAAAGAACAACGUAGCGUCGUGCUUGCGUGUUUGAUAGCCCUAUUUUCCGGAGGAGUCCUCUUCGUCUCCGUCGUCAACACGUGCUUACCAUGGCCGAUGGCCUGCUCGGCGUUCAGUCUGGCCUCCUUCGCGCUCGCAGGAGCAGAGUGCUUCGUGCCGGAGUCUCCAGCGUGGCUCUUCAGUCAAGGAGAGGAGGCGGCAGCCGUGCGGAAUCUCCAGAAGCUCGGCAGGAGCAAGGCCGGGGUCCUUCUGGAGAUCGACGCUUUGAAGGAACGUGAGAGUUGCACCGAGGUGCUUUCCUGGCGGACCUUCCUCCGGCCCACCGUUUGGAAACCUUUUCUGAUUCUCGCUGUUUUCCACCUCUUGCAGUUUUCCACCGGGUUUUACGAUAUGAUUUACUAUCAGGUGGAUUACCUAGAGCGCCUAGGCACCAAGUACGACCCGAUAGCACUCUCCGUAGCCUUUUCCACCGUCAGAUUCCUCUCCAACGCCACCAUCGGCAUCUAUUUCCGGUCGCUGGACCGGAAGUUCUCCACCACGGUUUCCGGUCUCUGCAUGACGGUGCCCCUGUUGGGCGCAGGUAUUUACGAGUUCAAGUACCGGGACACACCGCCACUCGAGAAGCCCUUCCAAUGGCUCCUGCUUUUUUGUAUCUUCGCCCAACUUGUGGCGGGAAAUCUGGCCGUGACCUGUCUUCCUUGGUCCAUGGGGGCGGAGCUGUAUCCCUUGAAUGUCCGGGGCAUCAUGAGUGGAGCGACCUUGUGUGUGGCGUACAGUAUCUUUUUUACCUAUGUCAAGCUUUACCACGUCGCUAUGGGAGCUUUGAAGAUGUACGGGCUUCUUUUUGUGUUUGCCGCGAGUUCUUUUCUCGCGGCUCUGUUCGGGAUUUUUAUUUUGCCCGAAACGCGCGGUAAAAGCCUGGAGGAGAUAGAGAGGGGUUUUGAGACGGAAGCUCGAAAGGUAGAUCAGCAACAUGUAGUUGAUACACGUAUGUGAGUAGGAACAGACAUGGCACUUCGAUACAUUCCUGGUAACAUUAUUUUUUCAAGGGAAAAAUCGCAAUAUUUUGAAAUUGAGUUGCGAUUUUUCCCCUCCUGUUGAGAAUUCGUCAAUGUUAGAGUGAAGUUGAGAAUUGAAUAGAAAAUCACAAGUAACGGCGAAGAGCCUCAACACUCGUAAAUAACUGAAAACGGAACAAGAUAAAACUGGUGCGUUGCGGGGUGUUUGCAUUCCCAACUCCAAUGUGAAAAGCCUGUUAUCUCACAAAACGAAGGCGCUGCGGAUCUCAUAGCGGCAAAGCCCGAAAAUGUUGCUCCCCAUCAGAGAAUGCAACUAUUCGUGCUUCAUAAAUCCACGUUGCAUAAAUUCAGUAAUGAAGGCGCUCUGUGUAUUCUCGAUGCACUAUGCUGUUUCAACGAGCGGAUCUUGCUGUUCGAGGCUGUCCAAUAUAUACAAUCAGAAUGGUGUAAGUACAUGUAUUGCCGUUAUACAAUUUUCAAGAACACUUUUACUUGAAUAAAUUUUUAAAACGUUCUCAA